UCCAUCGCUCGCAGCACUCACUUAGCGAGGGCCGAGGGGUGUGAAGAACAACAACAGGUGAACGGCGAGCAGGUACAGACACCAUCUCAUUCAAUUCUUGGAGCAACAUGUCGAGUCCUCAGGAAAUCCAGCUCCAGAUCAGAGGCAUUCCAUGUCCAGAGCAAGAAUCCGGCCAUGGCGAGAACAGUGGGGCACCAAAGGCCGCCGAGCGUCAACGACAGGCGGGGACGGGAACACGCGGCGUCAGGUGGUGGCUGAUGGUGCUGCUGGACAUGCUCGUGGUGCUCUGCGGGCAGACCGUGGGCACCCUGCUCGGCCGCUACUACUACAACUCCGGCGGCAACAGCAAGUGGAUGGCCACGCUCACGAUAUCCGGCGGCUCGCCCCUGCUGGCCAUCCUCCUGCUCCUCACGCCGCGCGACCCCGCCGGCGAGCCCCGGCCGGCGGCGGCCAAGAUGGUGCCCAUCUACCUCGGGGUCGGCACCCUCAUCGGCUUCGACAACCUCAUGUACUCGUACGCGCUGCAGUACCUGCCGGUGUCCACCUUCGCGCUGGUGGCGGCCACGCAGCUGGCCUUCAACUCCAUCACCUCCCGCCUCAUCAACGCGCAGCGCUUCACGGCGCUCAUCGCCAACUCCGUGGUGGUGCUCACCUUCUCGGCCGCGCUGCUCGGCGUCGGCUCCUCCUCCGACGGCACCUCCGCCGCCGACCUGCCGCGCGGCAAGUACACGCUGGGGUUCAUCCUGACGCUGUCGGCCUCCGCGGUCUUCGCGCUCAUCCUGUCCCUCUUCGAGGUCACCUUCGAGAAGGCGAUCCGGGGGAGGACGCUCCGGUGGGUGCUGCGGGUGCAGAUGUGCACCAACUUCGUGGCAGCGACGGUGGCCGUGUGCGGGCUGCUGGCGUCGGGCGAGUGGCGGACGAUCCCGGGGGAGAUGGCGGCGUUCGAGGACGGGCGGGCGAGGUACGUGGCGACGCUGGUGGGGACGGCGGUGUCGUGGCAGGCCAUGUCGGUGGCGACGCUGCGGCUGAUCACGAGAGUGUCGUCGCUGUUCGCCAACGUGACGGGCACCGUGUCGCUGCCGCUGGUGCCGGUGUUCGCCGUGGUGCUGUUCGGGGACAGGAUGACGGGGAUCAAGGCCGUCGCCAUGCUCAUGGCCGUCUGGGGGUUCCUCUCCUACGUCUACCAACACUACCUCGACGGCCGGUGCGCCGCGGCCAUGGGGGGUCAAGGCGGAGCGGCAGAGUGCUGCGUCUGCAAGGCGCGCGCGGGCGGCGAGGCCACUUUGCCCGCUUGAGACGUUCGUUGUGCGCGUCACGUUGGUCAAACAAAGUUAAAAUUACACUACAGGCUCUCUUUUUCUUACUUUUCUUUUGAAGAUCACAUAGUACUAGUACUCGUCCGGCCGUGUUUGGAUACAAAGUAUUUUAGAAACCGAAGUAUCCGGAAACCACAGUAUUAUAUCGCCUCCGUUUCAUGAUGUAGUGCAUAUAAAUUUUCUGAAAAGACAAACUUUAGAAACUUUGACUAAGUUUGUGAAGAAAACUAUUUAUAUCUAUAAUAUUAAA